AAGCCAGUUGGUCAUUAUAUCAGGUAUUGUGGUAAAACUACACUAACGCACAUUACGCAUGCGCAUGUCGUAUUCGUCAUUCAUCGUUCGCUGUGGCCGACAUCACGAAACCGUCAUUUUCUAAAAUCAGUUAAUUUUGCCAACGAAUUACCGCAUUACUAAUUAUAGAAAAUGCCGAACCAAGUGUUAACUAUAGAGCCGCAAAAUGAACUCAAGUUUAAAGGGCUCUUUGAGCAGGGCUACACGACGUACAUGCGGCUGAUAAACCCGACCACUGAUACAGUGUUGUUCAAGAUAAAGACCACCGCGCCCAAGAAGUACUGCGUGCGCCCCAACUCUGGCGUGCUUGAACCAAACUCCAAAGUGGACAUAGCCAUCACUCCACAGCCGGUGUUUGUUGACCCGAAUGACAAGCACAAACACAAGUUCAUGGUUCAGAGUGUUAUUGCCCCCGAGGGCAAGACAAACAUAGAUCAAGUGUGGAAGGAAACGAGUCCCGAUCAGCUUAUGGACUACAAGCUAAAAUGUGUAUUUGAAACGCCUCGCGGAACUAAUCUCAACGACGCCGGCGACGUCCCGGCGCAAAACGAAGUAUCUAAGAAACGAGUUGCGGUUGCAGAUGACGCGAAGGCUCCAUCAAAGGACGCCGUAGAAGGCCUAGUUCAAAACGAGCCUAAGAUCAAGGACGGUGCCCGCACAUCUGGACCUUUAAGCGAAAGCGCGGUUUCUACGACUUUGUCUUUCCCCAAAUCGGAGAAUGCUGAAAGCGACUUGCAAAAAGCGACGUCAGAGGUGAUUCUUUUGAGGGAGGAGGAGAGCAAGCUUAGACAUGAAAAUCUACAGUUAAAAGAAGAGCUGCUGCGUCUGCGCCAAGCGGGAGGCGACGGUCGCGGCGCGGCGCGGCGCCACUCGUACGGGCCCGAGAAGCAGGCGCAGGCGGCCAUGAUGCCGUGGCUCGCCACCGCCGUCGCCAUGGCCCUGCUGGGCAUCAUCAUCGGCAAGUUCCUCAUGUGAACGGUAUCGUCGCCGCCGCGGUGACCGGACGCCUCACACUCACCGCUGUUACACCACUCCCGACGCCUCUUCCUCGCACAAGGCAGCUUCACCUUCGUUUAACGCCCCUCUGGCCAUGCUUCACUCGAGUUAGCUCCUGCCGAGAGCUGUGUGACUAUGCUAGACAAUCCCUUUCCAUGGAACAAUCGGUACGAUGCACCUGUUUUCCGCUAGUUCGCCGUUCGCCUCAAGCAUAAGAGUUGAUAUUUCCCGGCCCUAGAUUUAUAAAAUUCCACGACAUUGUUCAUUUAUUAUUGUUUUUCUUUUUGGAUCUAAUUAAGCAUUUGCUACCAAAAGCAUGUAUUGUAAAGUAAUCAUUUUUGUAAAUCAACCGUAUAAAUAGUAAGUGUUUGUAAAAAGAUUUAAUUGAUAGCUUCUCUUUAUGUGUACUUGUGUCACAAUUGUUUGAUAUAGAGAGAUAUCUGUAAAGACUUUAAUAUUUAGAAAAUAUCGUGGAUGAGUGUGACAACGUCGCUGUACAUUUAGGAUUCGUAUUACAUUGAAGCAUUAUUAAAACUUAGAGUUAAUAUAAUGUACACUCUUGAGUAAUUCCGCUUUCAUAUUCGAAUAGUUAAUAAAUAUGUAGAAGUUUUAUAGCAUUCAUGGUAUACUGUAUAAAGUAGGACAGUUAUAAAAUUAAUUAUUCGUUAACGAGCAGACACCAAAUAUUUUCCAAGAGGUUUGCCGAAGGAGCGCUUGGUAUGUACAAUAUUAAAAACACGGUCUUAUUCAUAAAAGGUCUAAAGGGCACUUUGCUUAUAACAUGUUUGUAACGUUUUAGCCUAUUUGAAGAUUAUUGAGAAAAUGUGAUUCGAGUUUCCUGACGCUUUUAAGGCGUGUCGACAUGGGGAGCCUCAUCAUAUUGUUAUGUCAUGAAUUAUAUCUUUAUCAGCGUUUUAUGAAUAAGGCCAGUGGAAUUUGUUUCUUAAUUCGUCAAUGACUUACCUCGAAAAUACCUACGCCGUGCGUGUGAUAAAGAGCUGUGUGAAUGUAUGUAUAUGAUAUAAAAUACUGAAUGGGCAUACUCCACAAUUUUAUUAACAUAAAAUUAACUAGAUUUUUUUACAAAACAGUUUACCAUUACUAAAGCGAGUUUAUGAAACAAUCCUGGUUACUUACGAGUAUUCAUACAUUUACUUCACCAUUUUUUUGCCCAUCCAGUAUUUUUUCCUAUUCGCUAACCAUACAGUCACAUUUGACGUCAUUCAACAAGCUACAUUUAAGAAUUUUUGUGAUUUGUAUAUUUAUUUUAAUCUGAUUAUUUCCUCGAGAUAUUUAAAAAAAUUAAACCCAAUGCAAAGCUGAGAAUUAAUAUUGUGAUUGUUAAUAUCGCUAACUUGAAAUGUAUUAUUGAAAUGAUUGUCUGUAACCUAAUUUUAAUUACUUUUAAGAUCAAUGAUGACCACUCUGUCAAGAGUGCACGACUAAGAAGAAGAUCAAUGAUGAAUCUGACUAUUUUUGUUAUUCGAGGGCACCAUGUUAUCCUAAUUUAUAAUAGUUAUUUACGACACAAGUGCAGAAAAGAGGGAAUCCUAAAAGAGUGGCGAUACAUUAAAACACGACCGAAGGGAGUGUUUUAAAUCGACACGAGUUGCGAAUUACUCAUUCGCACGUGUAUCGUACAACGUUUUACAGUGCAAAGAGCCCUUCCAAACUUUUGACAUACGCACGGAAAGUGCUGUUUCAAGUUGGUAAGUAGGACCAUAUGUAAAAGAUUAUUUACACCAAAAGUAAGGAAUCCUUUGUAAUUUAGAUAAAUAUUACUAUACAUGAUGUUUGAAAAGUCAGGCAUAGCGUCAGUAUACUUAGACACAGCGGUAACAGCAAAAACCAGUAAAAGGGCUAAUUGUACUCUCAGUGUUUGUUACUUCCUUUAAUUUUGUGUGGAUUUUGACCACCGAUCUAAACUUAUUGUUGAUAUAUAGCGUGUCAAGAGCUGUGUACCUUUUUAGGUAAGGAAUUCGACAUCAUCAUCAUAUCAUUUAUUUCUCGUUUAUCUCUGACUGUCAAAGGCCAUUGAGAGGUUGCCAAUUCUAUAUGUUCUAUAUGUUUAAUAAUAAGAUGAAGUUAGCGGAAACAGUAACUAUCACGGUGUAUAAGUUCCAUGGCGUCCCAGCCGCCUACCUAACUUUAGUGCACCAAGCGUGUUUCUUUAACAAUUAAAAAAAAUCCGUGAGCUUGCCUGAAUGUUUUGAGGCUUAUGUAACUAGGGAAACAAGCAUUUAAAACAUUGUCACAUGAUUUCAUGUGACGUAUUUUUGGUUUAGGUUUAUAUACCAAAAUAGACCUAACGCGUUGACAAUAGAGUUGUUUCAGAUAUGAAUGAGCAAAUUGUUCACCAUUUGCCAUGAUAUUUAUAUCUGAUGGCGACGGUAUGUCGGCCGUGUGACUAGGCGCAAGAUUUUUAAAAACGGUAGUUUCUAAAACAAAAGUUUUUUUUUUCAUUGUCUAGUGUAAGUACGUUGUAUUAGGGCGGACCAACAUUUUUUUGUCACUCGUUGCCAUGAUUACGUUCUCCGGGUCAUUCCAUGGUCUUAUAGCUCAUAAAUGUGUUGUAGAUAUACCUACAUAUUUCCUUUCCAUAAUAAGCCAGUAUGUUAGUCGAAUGCGGUACAACAUUUCUUCUAGAAAACUGCAACGUUUGUCUCUUGGCCGACGUAACCGAAAAACGACAAGUAAUAGUUGAUCCACCCAUAAACAACCUUACUUUUAACUGGGUUUAUCACAUAAAUGUGGCUCGAUAAAUUAUAUUUAAGUUCUUGAUGUUUGCGGCUCGUAAUGUUUAUCGAAAGCUUUGUAAGUAAUUACUUAUUCUAACAGGGUAAAACCUUAAAUCUGCAACCCUCCAAUUGUUAUUAUGAACCAUGUCUCUAGGAAAUAGCGAUGACUAUGUUGCAAAACAUACUGCUAUUUUACAUGUUGAUCAAUGGGUUUUACGCUAGUCGUUGAUUAUUGAUGUCAUUAUUCAUAAAGUACAUUAGAUUUUUUCCAAAAAAUAUUGCAAUCUGUAAAGCUUUUGGGUAAAUAUACCAUGAAGCAAAAUACAGAUAACUAGCAUCCCUUUAUUUUGUCAAAGCUAAGUCACGCAGUAUUUUCCCAAUCGCUCUAGUCCUUUAAAAUUACAACGAAUUUUUGGUAACACAGUAUUAAGCUACGGCGUACUCAUGUCGCACCUCAUAUUUGACUGAACGAUUGCAUACGUCGCAGAAUACCAGUGAAUUGCCUUGGCAAGUCGGUGGACGGCGGCCUGUUUGAUGACGAGUGAGCGCCACGGGAGGGAGCUGCCGGUGAGGAUCAUUACUUGCUUAGAAAAAAUAUUUAGACUUGAAAGCAACCGGUCGGUGUCCGGACUUAUCGUUAAUAUUUAAUGUUAUUUAUUUUUGGUCAAAGCAAUUAAUGGUUAUAGUUUGGCCUGACGCGGAUUUCGGGUCAGACUUUAAUUCUAAAAUCUGAGUGGAUAAUCUGUAGGUUUGGUAAGUAAUGAAUUGCUUACCAGGUACCACGGUCGAUUGGGUCAUUUGGUGUCGCCUAAGUUCAUGAAAUUAUUUGUGUUGUAACGCCACCUGAUUAUUACCUAAUCCUAGUAUUCUAAAAUGUCAUGUCAACGCCCUUGAUUGUAGAUUUGUGUCGGUAUAUUUAGGAAGUAUUCUCUCUUGUUUUCAUAAUGCAUUUUUAUUUUUAGUUAUCUGGCGUAAAUUAGAUAUUGUUUUAUUUUACUCUGACAGAUUAAAACUUUUAAAUGUCGUUGUUUUUAAGCUUUUGUAUACCUAAUUCAAAUUAGAUGUGGAAAUUGCAAAAAAUAGAAUGAAUAAGUUAAGCACUUUUACUAAAAAGACAAACUAUAGAAUCUUUCGUUUAACUAAUAGGUUAAAUAAAAACUUGUUACCACAUCUUCCUGUUUGAAGGAACUGUGUCUACAACAAGUUGAAGCUGUUUGGUGAAAGCAACUAUCACCAGCUACUGCUUGUCAGGCAGUAGGUACUCGGCUUGUUAAACGUUUUAAUCAUUUGGUGUAAGUGAUUGUGUUAUUACUUAAUAAUAUGUAAUGUAGUGUAAUUACCGAUUGCAUAGUUGUUUACAUCGUUACGGGCGAACAUCUUAGCCCGAGAGCCACACGGACUGCCGACGGCUAACUGCCGGCAACUCGUGUGUAGCACACACAUCACAGCUCGGUGGUAAUGCUUGCCAGGUCUGCACAUUUACGCUCGGCAGUUUUACUCGGCGGUCUGUUUGUGCCCCUUAACUUGUUUUUAUGUCUGAUCUAAUACUAUUACCCGUAUUAUUCAAUUCAAUUCCACUGUUAGAGCUUUGCCUCCUAUUUUUUGAGAGAUGAUUAAUUCAUUGGGAAAAGGUUAUUUUAAUGUCAUUUGUUUUUUUUUAAUUUAACGGAGACUAUAGUUUAAUUAAAAUAUCCGUAUGGUAUUGUUGUUAUACUAUUAUGCUAUAUUGUAUCGUUUUCUGAAAUAAAAUACUUAAUUUACGAUA